UGAAAAGGUAGGGUUCGCGCUGCAUCCUGGGUAAACAGCUCCACGGUUGAUGCGGUGAGCCUGUUGUGUUGACUGGAAACCCAAGUUAAAGUAAACGGGGGAGGGACGCCCGCGAGGAGGGGUAGUGACGCGGGGUUGGUGGUUGGUUGAGGGGGGCGGCGGCGGCGGCGGUGUUGUGCUUUCAGCGAGUCACAAUGCGUCUUUCACGGUGUUGAGCGGUCCCGGUGAGCACCAUGAGCCAACUUCAGCGGUCGUCUCCGAGCGGAGUGAGUCACUCUUGAGUCCCCCCCCCUGAAACGAGUUUUCUUCUCGGCGGGGAGGGAGGAGAGAGAAUGCCGGAGCCGAGCGCCCCGCUCCCCGUGGUCGGCUUCACCGGGAAAUGGUAGCGUACUGCCGGAGCCGCACUUGGAAGGAACAUGGUCGAGAGGAGCAGCAAAUUCUUGUUGAUCGUCGUCGGAUCCGUGUGUUUCAUGCUGAUCCUCUAUCAGUACGUGGCCCCCGGGGUGAUCAAUUUCGGCUCCCCGCACGGUUAUUUCACGGAGGAGGACGAGGGGGACAUCUUCCCCACUCCGGACCCCCACUACGUCAAGAAAUACUACUUCCCCGUCAGGGACCUGGAGAGGACGAUCGAUUUCCAAAUCAAAGGGGAGGACGUGAUCGUGUUUUUGCACAUCCAGAAGACCGGCGGCACCACCUUUGGGAGACACCUGGUCCAGAAUGUCCGCCUGGAGGUCCCCUGUGACUGCAGACCGGGCCAGAAGAAGUGUACCUGCUACCGGCCGAACCGCAAGGAGACCUGGCUCUUCUCCCGGUUCUCCACCGGCUGGAGCUGCGGCUUGCACGCCGACUGGACCGAGCUCACCAACUGUGUGCCGGGGGUCCUCAACAAGAAGGAGAACAAACAGAAGAACCUGAGGAAGUUCUACUACAUCACCCUCUUGAGAGACCCGGUGUCUCGAUACCUCAGCGAGUGGCGCCAUGUGCAGCGGGGAGCCACGUGGAAAACCUCCCUGCACAUGUGCGAUGGACGGACCCCCACGCCCGAGGAGCUGCCCUCCUGCUACGAGGGCUCCGACUGGUCGGGGUGCACCCUGCAGCAGUUCAUGGACUGCCCCUACAACCUGGCCAACAACAGACAGGUGCGAAUGCUAGCGGACCUGAGCCUCGUGGGCUGCUACAACAUGUCCACGGUUCCAGAGAAGAAGAGGGCCCAGCUUCUCCUGGAGUCAGCCAAGAAGAACCUACGAGACAUGGCCUUCUUCGGUCUGACGGAGUACCAAAGGAAAACCCAGUUCCUGUUCGAACGAACCUUCAGGCUGCGCUUUAUCAGGCCUUUCAUGCAGUACAACAGCACCAGAGCCGCCGGCGUGGACUUGGACAACGGCACGAUCCAGCGUAUCGAGGAGCUGAAUGAGCUGGACAUGGAGCUCUACGACUACGCCCGGGACCUCUUCCAGCAGCGCUACCAGUACACCAGGCAACAGGAGAGGCGGCUGCAGCGCAUCAAGAGCCACAUGCAGCAGAGCCACCAGGGCCUCGGCCUGGGCGUCAGCCUGUGGCCCUCACACGGCCGCCAGAGCUCGGUGUCCACUCUGGAGGACGGAGAGUUGGAGAGGGAGGAGCGGGAGGAGGGGGGCAGAGCCGAGGAGGCGGGCAGCAGGCUCCCCACCGAGGACUACAUGAACCAGAUCAUCAACCGCUGGUAGCAGCCGAACGAGAACAAACACACAGAAAUGCAUAUGUAAUGUGAAAUACACACACAUACACACAGACACGCACAUACACACGGUGGCUCCUGCAUCGAAAAUACCCAAAUAACAAACAGACUUUAACAGAGAGUUGCGCUACGGGAAUGAGAGCUGCAGUGGUUGCUAUGGAGACCUGGGCUUGGUCAAUUGCAUCAGCUCACAUUAUUGAGGUCUGCCCGGUUGUUAUUAGCACCCGCUUGCCCUUUCUGCCUCGCUGCCCCUCUGAGUUUCUCGGUCUCUCCUGUCAUCAUUACUGACUGGUGCGCGGAGAGGUAUUUGGAAGAGUUCCGGAGCACCAAACGUCUCAUCCCCCCCCCCCCCCCCUCCUCCUCCUCCUGUAUUCCUCUCGUCCUCUGUGGCCUAAUAUGGAGCAUGAGAAAAUGAAAUUAAGUCUGUGAAUCCCCACAAACUCUUGCUAACGGACCAGUCGACUUUCCUGGAAACUCCAAUUUCAGAAAGAACUGGGACUGAUAAAAAUAUGCUAAUGGAUGAGCUGAAUAAAGAUAGAGUACAUGAGAGACCGAAAUUGAAAGAAGGAAGCAAAGGAAAGUUGGACUGAGAUGUGUAAUAAUAAAGCUUUCUGCUUUAAAAAGAAAAAAAAUCUCCCAUUUUACCCAUGAACACGCUUUGGCUAUGAAAUAAUGACGCAUUCUCAUUUCAGGAUGAUUUUACUUGUUUUUCUUUUUUGUUUAUGCUUUUUUUUAAAGCAGAAUUGUGAUAACACUGAGACCAAUAUUGCUGCCUAAAGAAAAGUGAUUCCUUUAUUUCUUUAUUUUUAUUGGUUUUAUUAGUCAAAGCUUACGGAUCGGAUCGAUGUACAACGGACCAUAGCCAUUACUGAAGCCUUGCAUCGAGGAGGGGGGGCGGCGAGGGAGGGAGGCGGGGUUAAAAGUGGCCUGUUUGUCUGUUAAAGGUUCUCAAAGAUCCUGUCGCGUAACGACUACGUUUCCUCUCCCUCCUCUGUUAUUUUGUGUGUCUCAGUCUUGCUGGGAAUGACAGCCAAUUUACAGAGUCGACCCUUGCAUAGGUGCGAGGAAACCAAAGGCGGGGAGGAGGAGGAGGGGAGGAUGCUGCAGGUCGUUGCCAGGGGCCGUGCUGUGCGAGCGACGAGCACUUUGGGAACCUGAACUCAGACAAACGCUAAGGAGUCGUGGAACCGCCGGUCACCAUGGCAAUAGUGAGCCCUUAAUGCAGUGGGUGGCAUUUUCACAGUUGUUUUUUUUUCCCGGACCAAGAGCUGCGUUGUAAAAGCGGCGGUCUCAAACAAGCCUCCUUCCCGGCCGCUGAAAGGGCUCACGCGGCGCCGGUGACCCGUGGCUCAUUAGUCUGACCGGUGUUACCCUGCAGAGCGCACGGGGCGAGGUAGCAGUGCCUCUAUGUACUGGGAUCAUAGUUAACAUAAUUAUUGCCAGAUAUUACGUCUGCAUUAUUCUAAAGUAAUUUCUCUGACUACUCGUGUGGAUGCGUUGCUGAGUGUGUUUCGGUGUGUGUGUGUGUGUGUGUGUGUAAAUAGUAUGUACAGUAUGCCUUUGAAUGGCGUAUGUGUAAGCUUUUGUAAAUAGUUUGCCUGAAUGAGAGCGGAUGCCUGAUGAGUUUUGCGAAUGACAGGUUCCAUGACCAAUUAUCUUGCCAUUUUCUUUUUGCGUGGUGUGGGGGGGGGGGGCGGUUGGGGGGGAGUGGGCGGGGCAACAAUGUCCCUCCAGCUGCAUGUCACAGCAGUGUGACCGUUGCAAUGAUGCAAGCCAGUAAUUCUUUCCUGUAACAUUUUCCUCCCCCGCGUCUUCUCUCCUUCCUCUGACGUAGUUGCGCAUGAGGAUCGUGUCACCAGAAAUUAUGCAAAUCCUAAUUUCUACUUUUCAAAAUCUGCGUGAGUGACACGUCUUUACUCGUUACGGCAAAUUCCUCAAGUAGGGUUGGGUUUUCCGAUUGCACCAUGUUUUCACACAAUCAGUCGUUUUUAACUUUUUUUAUUUCUCAGGGGAUUUUUGUUCACGCCGGUUCUCGCUUGGUAAAGUAUUCCCAUUCUCUUAGCGCUGAUCCCAACCUAAUCGCUUUUUGAAUGUAUUCUCCCUCCUCAUGCUGGGUAGUUUUUUCCCAACGACAAACAGAAAGUAGACAUUUGUGACAACAGAAUACAUUAUUCUGUGAUCAGAUUACGCGGCGUUCCCCAUACAAACCUUUGGGGUGAAUCCAAACGACCCUACAGGUGUCCACUGAGGACAAAAUACACAUCUAAAUCUUAUAUUUACAUUUAUUGUGAUGGCACGAAUAUCAGAUCUACACAUCCUGGGUAAACAUUUUAUCAAUCCCCAAAAAUCACGUAAAAUAUUCCACCCUGACUCCUCCCAUCAGAUUGAUGUGUGAAGAACUUAUUAAGUAAAGUGCUCUGAUUAUCGGUUGUAUAAGAUGUAUCAAGGUAUUCAUUCAGUAAUGGCAAAAAUUAAAACUAAAGAUUCUGUACUGAGGCAAAGAUGGUUUGUUGGAGAGAAGAAAUGCGACUCCAUAACUGGAAAUAGACUGUGUGGGUUGUAGUUCAACAAAACAAAAUGGUUUGUCUGUAGGGAAUCUAAUAUGAUUGCACAAGGUUCAUAUCGACCUUUCCAUGAGAAUAUUUCAAAACGAUCCUUUUAAUAGUUCUGCAUCAGGACUUAAAGCGUUUGGAGCGGGUUGCUUGGUAAGCGGGUCGUAAAGUAAUUAAGCUUCAAUUGUUAUUUCAAUGUGCCAGAUUUAUUUAACAUUUAAUAACAUGUCAUAUUAAUACCGAUUUAUGUGUGAUUUGUAAAGUGUUUUCUUCCAUUUGAGUUUUAGUUCAUUAUUACUCUCAACUGAAAAAAGGUUUAAUAAGGGAUUGAAAAAGGAUUCUGAUUUUAUUUGUUGAUUUGAUACUGACUUCUUAUUCAAUGAAAUGUUAUAAAACUCCCCCAAAAAAUAGAGCAAUAAAAGGGAACACCAAGAAGAAAAAGCUGGAGAAGAGAAUGUAAAAGUGGGUAAAAGACGUGUCACUGCACGAUUUAAUUAAAAUGAAUGUAGUCCAAGUCUGGUGUCCUCCAGGGAGGCAAUGGGAGGAUGCAAGCUUCCUUGGAAAAGGAUAAAUAUUUUGCUGGAUCCAAAUGGAGACAUUUUGUGUUAUUUUUUUUGUCUAAGGAAAAAAGAAACCACCAAUUUAGCCGCCUACAAGACUCCUUGUUAAAUUUCAACUAAUCACACUACAUCCUCAGUGUCUCUCUCUCUGGUUCAGCUCCUUUCAAAUCAGGCAUGAUUCAUGAGGGAAGGAGAGGAACGGAGGGGAGGGGGUGUACGGAAUUGGGAUGCAUCCAGUAUCAAUAAGCUGUUUUGUUUAUGUUGCAUUCAAAGUAACGCAAAUAAUCUUCCUUUUUUUGGUUUCGUAGUAACUUCCGCUUCAUUGUUUUCUUGAAACGGUUGCAGCUCCAGGCUCGUUUCCCACAAUCUCUUUUUCAAAGUCACACUUGGGUUUGGGCUCCAGACCAAUACCUGCCCCUGCAUUAGUGGUUGAAACAGAGAAUACAAAACCGAUUCUCUACCUUCAUUGUGAUUUAUUUUCAGCGUUCCAGUUUCAAGUGACCAUCAGUCUUGAAGCAGUCCUCUAAAAUCCCCCCCUGCCCCCCCUCCUCCUCCCAACCCACUCACCCACCCACCUUCUAACCCACACACCAGAAAACAGUGUGUGAAGGAAAAAUGUAUCCUUUCACUCAAAUUCCUCCAGGAAUUAAUGCUGUAAAGCUAUACUCAAAUAUUUUAUGUCUUGUCACUAUGUAUAUCUGAUGUCUUAACAGCAUUUCCUUUGUGACAAUAAAGCAACCCAUGUGUCGCUAACACCAUCCUUUUUUAUCCAUCUUGCUAUUUUAUUUUUUAAAGAGAUGUUAAAAAGUAUGAUAGAGACUUGUUUUUUUGGAUUUGUGUGCAGUCUGUCUCUGGCUCCUUAUGUAUGCAUCAUUCUGCGCUUGUUUCUUAUGAUUGCGAAAAUGAAUCAUCAAGCAACCAAUUAAAAUAUUUCAUUUUUACAGACCUC